GAGUAAUGUUGCUGAUAGAAAACAGUUGAACUGCGCAGAGAGUUCAGCUCAGUCGAAGCAGAAGCAAGGAGAGGGCAGAAAGCGGAGAGAUCGGUCUCGGUUUUAUUAUGCUCGAUUUUAACCGUAUUUGCCAAUCUAACCAGUCGGACUCAUGGUGAAAAGAAAGAAGACGUCGCCUACUAGCGAAGAACACGAAAAUGGCAUGACACUGGGCUCCAGGGAGGCGAUCGGUGUCGAAGGGAGGAGGAAUCCGGCCAGAAAGCCCGAAGGUUGCGACGAAGAGGAGAGCGGAGAGCAGGCGAGCGAGGAGCGCAGUACAAAGGGAGACGACGGAGUGGAAAUUCUUAAUCCAUCAACUACGGGUCUCAGCCCCGGUUCAGCUCCGGUUCUACCGGCCUCUCCUGCGAACAGGACCGGAUUUGACUCGACCCAGCAUUCCCAGACCUCCGCGGAGCCCGCCCCUCCGUGUCACGACCAGCAUCAUUUUCUCCGAUCAAGCGUCCGACCUGCGAGCAAACGGAUCCGGAAGGAUUCGAUCGGCUCGACCAUCAAUGGACACGGAGGGGCGAAAUCGAAAGGGGCAGAGAAUGGCUCUUCCUCUCAGGGGACAGUGGGACAGUCGGGGCCAGUGGCCGGCUCCACAGGGGGAGUGUCGAAGGCCUCCAAGGGCCAGGGGUCCACUGAGAAGGAGGAGCAAGCUGGUAACCAGAAGAGGGCCCGUCGGCAGUGGGAGUCUUGGAGCACAGAGGACAAAAACAGCUUUUUUGAGGGCCUCUAUGAGCAUGGGAAGGACUUUGAGGCUAUCCAGAACAACAUUGCAAUGAAGUACAAGAAAAGAGGAAAGCCAGUCAACAUGGUGAAGAACAAGGAGCAGGUUCGCCACUUCUACUACCGGACCUGGCACAAGAUCUCCAAACACAUUGACUUUGCCAACGUGUACUCCAGAGUGCUGAAGAAGUCCUCUCAAGAACUGUACGGCCUCAUCUGCUAUGCCGAGCUGCGCAAAAAAGUUGGCGGGUUAAUGGAUGAUAAGAACGUGUCAAAGCUGAACGAACUAAUCCAACAAGGGGCCACCACCGUGCGCUCCAAAGGGAGGAACCUGCGAAUCAAAGCACCAAUGUGCCGAGCACUGAAGAAACUUUGUGACCCAGAUGGAGUGAGUGACGAGGAGGACCAGAAGCCAGUGCGUCUCCCCCUGAAGGUGGCCGUGGAGCUCCAACCGCGCAGUAACCACUCCUGGGCCCGCGUUCAGAGUCUAGCCCACAACCCUCGCCUCAGGAUGGUGGUGGAGCUCCACAGGAAAGUCUCCAGCCUGAUUGAUUAUCUGAAACAGAAGUGGGCGUACCAGGACCAGCGGAUCCUUAAGAGUCUCAUGGAGAGGGAGGCUCUGGAGGUCGGCCCAUCCAGCACAGCCUCUCCCAGCAAAUCCCAGCAGGACGAUCUCUUCCUUUACCCCGUUGAGAGCAGCACUUUGACCACACUGCCUGGUGUGGCACGUGUCGUUCACUCCAAGGCCUCCUGCACUGUACACUGGCUAGAAAGUGGCAAGAACCGGCCUAAUGCCAAGGAGUUGCCCGCUGCUCAGAUCCUGGGUAUUCACACGGCUCCACCACUUCGGAUUGGCACUAAAUCUGGACGGGGAGGCACCGCUGCUGCUGCUGGUGCUUCAGCGACUGCAUUGUGCGAUAGUCGACGAACUGAGCCCCUUAACCCGGAGCCUUCACAAGACUGCUCUACGAAGGUAGAGGAGAAGAGACCUCAGUCUGUUUCGGUCCCCGCUUCCUCUCAGCAGACUGUGGCUCUUCGGGAAGAGGGGUCUGGGAUAGGUCCCUCUGAAGGGGGAAAGAUCUGCGCUGGUGUGAAGGCCAGUGGUGGUUUAGCAGUGAGCAAAAGCCUGGAGAAGUUGUGUAGUGUUACAGAAAGCUCCUCGGAGCCGUGUACUGAGGAGCAGAACACCAGCAGCUCCUCCCCAGAGGCCAACCAGACUCCCCCAGCCAAACCUCCAGUGUCUGGCUCAGAGGAGGGAAUGUCGCAGGGCUCUGCACCGGCAGCCAAGGAACGGGCUGUCGAGCAGAUCAGAGGGGAGGGUUGGAGCGCGCGUGACGCCGAGAAUGUCACGCUGGCUGAGCUCUACCUGAUGUUCGGGAAGCCUGGCAAGCUGCAGCUGGAGUACGAGUGGCAGCCCAUUGCAGUCCCUUUCAACAACCAAGAAAAUGGACAAGCCCAGCUCAAGCCCAUCAGGACACAACACGUUUUGCGCUGCCUGCUCAAGCUGGUGGCCACGGAGGUCAAUCCUAAACCUUUGGCUCCAGAGCUGUGCUCCACUGCUCCAUCCCCACACAAGACUCACCAAGAGGAGCAGAACCAGGCCCUUACACCUCCAGGGAAGGGCCCCGUAGUAGGUGUUCGCAGCCCCAGCUGUGGCCGGCAGCAGGCCUCUGUCCGCGGGGCCCGGUUACACCUGCCAACUGCUGGAGUCUCAGGUGGACGCAACCUCCCCCGCUCUCUGCUGGGGUCGACGGCGAGCAGCGAGGCAGAAAGCGGUGUGUUUGCGGUGCCCACCACGCUGCCCCCCAAUAGCUCGCGGCACAACAGAAUGUUUUCCCCCAACAAGGAAGCAGAGCUAGCCCUCAAACAGCAGCUCGACUCUAUCAGUAUGCAGUCGGAUCUUUUCCUUUCGAGACAGAGAAAACCUCGAAACAGACAACUCCGGAAACCACUUGUAGUUCAGCGAACACUUCUACCACGAACUACAGGAGACACUCCUCAGCACGUCUGCUCCUUCUCCAUCCUCUCCAACUCCUCUGCCACAGGAACUGGAUCUUUCCGGCCAAUCCACACUCGCCUGGCUCCUUCCUCCCGCCCCCUCCUGUCCAAAGCUUCCCCUGCAGCGUCCAGCUCUGCAGCAGCCAGCCUCUCCAGUGCCAUUGACCUGGCUGCUAAGUCUGCAGGUAUCAUCCCUGGCAGUCCCUGCCGGGAGCUGAACUCUCCCGCGGUUGAUAACAGCACCCUGCUGCACGCCACACCCCUUGUUGAUGCAGAACCAGACGCUCAACUCCUCCAGCACAAUGUCCCAGAGAAUGGUCACCCUCCACCGUCUCCUGGAGUGACCGGUAGUGGGACCUCGAUCCUCUCUCCACCCAGCGUGGCCUCGCUCCUGGACAUCUCUCUCCCCGGCCCACCUGAAGAGGCUCUAGCCCCCGGAGAACCUCAGACACACAUCAGUGACUCUAUCAUCGAGCUCGCCAUCAACUCUGCCCACUAUGGUGAGGAAGCCGCUCUCUCUCCAGCCAAGCUGAGCAACAGCGACGGCUCCAAACUGUUGGCCUCGUCUCCCUCAGUCAGCCCAUCCAGAGGCUGGAUCCCGUCGCCCAGCCACGACCCCCAGUGGUACCCCAGCGACUCGUCUGACUCCACACUAGGAUGCCUCCUCUCCAGCAUGGUCUCUCCUGAUAAGGGCAAGCGGACCACCCUAACCCCCUCUGGCCCCUCCAGCGGCACAGCUUUGCUUGGCCCCAGUCUCCUGGACUGCAACUCCCAUGAUUCCUUUCAGUCCCGUGGCCUUCCUGAUGUGGCAGAGAUGGACUCUCAGCUUGCUUGUAUGAUGAGUGAGAGCAGUGUGGACUACAUUGCACGCUUCAAUGACCUGGCCCAGGAGCUGGCUGUGACCGAGCCCUCCAUCCCACCAUGAGAGGACCUGGCUCCAGCAACCCACGGCCAUCUUGAAGGACAUGAGUUUGCUCAGUCGAGACGGUCUCCACGCUGUCCCUUCUACUUUGGAGAAAAGACCCCCACCCCCUCCCCCCUGUUUGUAAAAGUGCAAUAAUAACAGUGAACCGUGACCAUUGUUCAAAGCGAGUUGAAAACUUGUUGGUUUCACUGAACUGUUCUUUAAGUUGAAACGCCCUUUAAAAACGAACACUUUAGAAAAACAAAUGCGUUUACAAAACACAACCUCAUGUACAGGAAAAAACUAUGCCAUAUUUGAACAAAAAUAUUUUUGACUGAUCUGUUACGUCUCUUCCUGAAUGUGGAGAGAUUUGGUUUCUAUUCCGUUGCUGUGGCCUCAGUUGGAAAAGUAGAUUACAACACAGCAGGGCAGGUAAAGUAAAAACUACUGCCCUCCUUUCCACAUGCUUUUGAUCAGUUGUAGGUUUUAUUGGUUGCAUUUUAAGAACAUAGCAUGCCAUGCAUGUUCAGAUUUAGGUUUGUUUUUAUCUCGCGGUCAAAUGUUACAUGCAAGAUGGCAGCUUUCGUUGGUUUGAUUUUACUACUUCUCUUGAAGUUUGCGCUGAAAUCACAUUGGAGUUGAAUGUGCAGUCGCUUCAUGCGGAUUAUCACUUUUAAAGUAUGUUGAGACGAUAACAGCGAUGCAAUGCUCUUCAGGUUGGUUUGUUGUUGCGUAAACAGGUCGACAUUCAAUUUUGGCAUUUUAAAUAACCUAAGUUUGUAGUAUUUCACUCGACUGCUUUAACAAAUGACAUUGAUAAUUUACUUUAUCUCUCUUGCUGGUAUCAAGAAGCGAGUCGAGCUGAUUUCAGACUACAUAUUAAUUUUUAUUGAUGAACUGAAAUAGAAAAUGUCAGUAGUGUUACACUCCCUUUCAAGCGAACAGGCACAAGUAUGAAAUUAUAUUAAACACUAAAGCCAUAGUUUUAAGCUGUUUUAAAGUCGUUUUCUAACCUGAUUGGUUGUGUUCAAAACAGUAAUACUCCAUUGACUAGUAGUUAGCCAGUAACAGACUCUCCAUGCGGGGAGGUUGGAGGUAAAAAGAUGUUUUUAAGUGCUUUCCCCAUGUAGAUUUGAUGCAAUGUGCUGUUGUUCACAGCAAUCACACACCUACCACGUGAGGUCCAUACUUAUUGCAUCCAGAUUCGUUCUGAAUGGCAAUUAACCAGCAUCAUUAAUAUGCAGUAUUGUGAACGUUUUGUCUCGACAACAUGUUUAACUUCAUUUCUUGAGUGUAAAUUGUAGGAGAGCUCUUGUUAUCAUUCCACUGAUGGGAUUUCAAAUGUUUGUCUCCAAGCACCUUGAGGGCUUUGACUCUAAAGUGUAAAAGCUCUUGUGAUGUUUAUUCAUUUGUGAAACGGCUUCAUCUUCACACACUAGAUACAAUGAAGAUUAUUCUUAAUAAGGAAUAAACGGCAGGUUCGUCUUUGAAUCUGGCAUGUUUUUAUUUCAUUUUUGUUGAAGGAUUUAUUUCUACAAAUGUCAAUUAACUUUACUGCGCUUUUUGUAACAUAACGUAAAUUGUAAUUUGGACUAUUUAUUGUUAACAUUUCAGAAAUAUUAUUUUUUGUCUAACUUAAUAUUAAGAAAGAAUGAAAAAAACUUUUCAGUUUGUAAAAUGUGUUUUUAUUCUGUGUAUAAAGAUAGUGAUAAAAACCUUGUUUGUUUU